UCCAGACUACGUUGCUAACAGCAAGGGGAGGCUCUGACUUCCCUAAUAUCCAUCAUCCCCUGCUCCCAACGUGGUCACAGAACAGGCAGAGCAACAAAGAAGGUCUCAGAGAUGGGAAAUUCUUACGCCGGGCAGCUCAAGACAACCAGGUUCGAAGAAGUAUUGCAUAAUUCUAUUGAGGCCUCUCUCCGCUCAAACAGCUUAGUCCCCAGACCAAUCUUUUCUCAGCUGUAUUUGGAAGCCGAGCAGCAACUUUCAUCACUAGAAGCAGGCAGCAGAGUGGAUAAUGAAGAGGAAGAAGAGGAAGAGGAAGAAGAAAGUUCAGAAUCAAGUAGCCCUCCUCUCUCUUAUCAGAUGAAGCCUCCUCCUGAAGGCUGCUGCACUACUGAUGGUUUCUGCCAGGCUGGUAAAGACUUGAGGCUGGUGUCCAUUUCCAAUGAUCAAAUCGAGGUGCCUUCGGGGUUUUUACUUGUUGGUGCUAAAUCACCAAAUCUGCCUGAUCACCUUUUAGUGUGUGCCGUAGAUAAAAGAUUCUUGCCAGAUGACAAUGGGCAUAAUGCCCUGUUAGGUUUCUCUGGCAAUUGUGUUGGCUGUGGCAAGAAGGGGUUCUGCUACUUUACUGAAUUUUCCAAUCACAUCAAUCUUAAACUGACCACUCAGCCCAAGAAACAGAAACACUUAAAGUAUUAUCUGGUCAGGAAUGCACAAGGAGCUCUUACCAAAGGAUCUGUAAUCUGCUGGAAAGGGGCAGAGUUCAGAGGCCGACAGGCUUCAUCCGGUCCUUGUUCAAGCACUUUGUUCCAACUGCCAGAGAGUUCGGGCCCCACGCUAACCACCACAAGUGAGCUUGUUCCAGCACCAAACCCAAAUGCUCCGGCUGGGACUCAACAAACAGGCUCAAUAUCUGAUCACCUCCCAUCAACAGCAGCAUUAGGUUCAACUGUUUACAAUGGCAAAGAUUCUCCCAAACAACAGCUGGUGAAAAAUAACCUGCCAGCUCUGACAAGACCAUCAGUCUUAGGCACUUUAACAAAUUCAGGGCCUCCUAAAAAGCGCCACAAAGGAUGGUCUCCAGAGUCGCCAUCAUCUACUGAAACUUGGAACUUGCAGCCCAACCUGCAGAUUCCAAAUAGAAAUAAAAAUGAUGUGGGAGGCCUAUCGUGUUUGACACAUUCUACUCUGGUGGGACCAGUCUGUUCUCCAAUGGUAGGCUCUGGAGAACCAGUUUCUGUUCCUGAUAACUUGCUGAAAAUAUGUAAAGCAAAACCAGUUAUAUUUAAAGGUCAUGGAAACUUUCCUUAUCUUUGUGGGAACCUUAAUGACAUUAAUAUCAGCCCUCUUCUGUACACCUGCUACAGAAAUUCACAGUCCAUAUCUAGGGCUUAUGAACAAUACGGUGCCUCUACAAUACAGCCUAUUUCAGAGGAAAUGCAGCUUUUACUAACCGUCUACUACCUUGUUCAACUAGCUCCAGAUCAGGUCCCUUUGAUUGAGGAUUUGGAACAGAUAUUCAUGCGCUCGUGGCGGGAGUCGCACCACUCUGAAAUCCGUCAGUAUCAACAGGCCAUUCCACAGGCUUUCCCUCUGGUUCCCAGCCAGAUUGCACCAAUGACGGCGGCCCAGCUUCCCUGGCUAGCUGGGCUGGCUGCCAGCUCUUGCAAUGACAGCGUCCGUAUCAUCGAGUGCAGUUACUCUCUGGCAGAGGGACUUUCAGAAAUGUUUAAGCUGCUCAUUGAAGGGAAGCUAGUGAAGACGAACUAUGUGGUGAUCAUAUGUGCUUGCAGAAACAGAGCAUUAGAUUCCUGCAUUGCGGUAACAGGGAAAUACCAGGCACGAGUACUGUCUGAGAGCAUGCUUACCCCAGCAGAGUAUCAGAAAGAAGUUAACUAUCAACUAGUUACUGGGAAAGUGGAAACAUUGGGCUCUUUUUUUAGCACCCUUUGUCCAGAUGGUGACAUUGAGGUUCUGCUGGACAAGUUUUAUCAAGAAAACCAAGGCCAGAGGUCUUCAUCUCUUUCUGCUUCAGUGACUAAGCCAACAGCAUUGGAUAUAACUGGAGCAGCUGUGUGCACGAGUUAUAAUGUUGAACGGCAUCAGAUUCGUCCAUUCCAGCUAGCGGUGGCUCAGAAAUUGCUGUCUCACGUUUGCUCAAUUGCUGACUCCAGCACUCAAAAUCUUGAUUUGGGUUCCUUUGAGAAAGUUGAUUUUCUGAUUUGUGUUCCUCCCUCUGAAGUGACAUAUCAGCAGACACUGUUUCACCUCUGGCAUUCAGGUGUUUUAUUAGAACUUGGCUUAGAAAAGGAGCACCUUACAAAGCAGAGGAUGGAACAGUAUGUUGUGAAGCUGGAUGCUGAGGCCCAGACUAAAUUUAAAAUCUUUUUGCAAAACUCUAUGCAGAAUCCACAUACACUGUUUGUACUAAUCCAUGAUCAUGCACACUGGGAUCUUGUAAGCGCUGUUCACAGCCUUUAUCCUCAGGCGGAACCAUCUGUGGGACUCGUUGAUAGAUUGUUGAACUGCAGAGAGGUGAAAGAGGCUCCAAACAUUUUGACACUCCAUGUGACUUCAUUCCCCUAUGCUCUGCAGACACAGCAUACUCACAUCAGCCCGUACAAUGAAAUCCACUGGCCUUCGUCGUACAGCAAUGGAAUAGAUCUAUACCAUGAAAACAAGAAAUAUUUUGGGUUGUCAGAAUUCAUUGAAUCCACCCUUUCUGGACACAGCCUUCCAUUGCUUCGCUAUGACAGCUCUUUUGAAGCUAUGGUCAUGGCUUUAGGAAAAAGGUUUCCCAGAUUACACAGUGCAGUGAUAAGGACAUUUGUCCUUGUACAGCAUUACUCUGCAGCUAUGAUGGCAGUAAGUGGUCUGUCUCAGAUGAAGAAUUACACCUCAGUUGAAACUCUGGAAAUCACCCAAAACCUUAUAAACUCUUCAAGGCAAUGCCCGAGUGGUCAUGGCUUCAUGGUGGUGUUAAGAAUUCCUUGCAUUCCAUUGGCUGCUGUGGCGUAUGAACGACUUUAUCACGUAAGGGAAAGACUAUCCCUCGCAGAUAAUUUUGAAAUCAUCUUGGGAAAUCCUAAUUCUGGAAUCACCAUAGGGAAGCACUUUGUGGAACAACUAAAGAUAUGGCAGAAAAUUGAAGAUGUGGAGUGGAGGCCACAGACCUAUUUGGAAUUAGAAGGUCUGCCAUGCAUAUUAAUAUUUAGUGGAAUGGACCCUCAAGGGGAAGCCUUGCCAAGAUCACUGAGAUAUUGUGACCUACGUUUAAUAAAUUCCUCUUGCUUAGUAAGGACAGCCUUGGAGCAAGAGCUUGGCUUGGCAGCAUACUUUGUUAGCUCUGAAAUUCACGUGGAGAAGGUGGUCGUGAAUGAUGUGUUGGAGAGUGACCCAGAGAAACUGAGCAGUACUGAUAAUGAAGAUGAAGAAAUAGUGACAGAAGGCUCCACUUCAGAAAAGAGAAGUCCUGUCAAAAGAGAGAGAUCACACUCCCAUGACUCUGCAUCUUCAUCUCUCUCUUCAAAAGCUUCAAGUGCAGCAUUCUGCAUGGAAUCAUCUCCUCCUUUAGCAACACCAGGGGACGUAGCAAAGUCACCCCACCUAGUCCUAAGCAGCAGUACUGAAGAGAACACACAGAACUGUGAAAGGCAAAGGCAGAAGGUAGAAAAGGGGGCGCAAAUGGUGAUCAGCAAGCACUUGCCAGUUGCAGCUGAACAGCUGGAUUCAAAACAGAACAUAAAAAGUGCCCACAUUUCCAUCAACUCAUCAUCAUCACCUUUCUCCUCUUCUUCCUCUUCCUCUGCACCUACUCACAACUCCUUCAUCCUGCAGACAUCUCAGUGCUCCAUGACUAAAGCAUCAAAACAGCCCCCCAUUGUUUUCCUGCCUAAGCUGGUGUAUGACAUUAUUACUUCUACUGACAGCAGCGGACUUCCCAAGUCCUCUUCCCUCUUGCCUUAUCAUUCUGUGAUGUGGGCGAGUUCUUUCCGCCCUGUCAUGAGUAAAAUGAUGACCUGCACAGAACAGUCUCUAUACUAUCGCCAGUGGACAGUUCCCAAGCCAAUCCAUAUGGACUACAAUAAUAGAAAUGAGGGCAGAAUGGACACCUUUCACCCAAGGAGGCUGCUGCUGAGUGGGCCACCUCAGAUAGGAAAAACAGGAGCCUAUCUUCAGUUCCUCAGUAUCUUGUCCAGAAUGCUGAUUAGACUGACGGAAGUGGAUGUUUAUGAUGAGGAAGAAAUCAAUAUUAAACUCCAAGAAGAAUCAGAUCAAUGUUAUCACCAGCCAGGAGACAUGUGGCCUGAUUUGGAGACAUUUAAGAAGAUACCUUUUGACUACACUAUUCAUGAUCCGAAAUAUGAAGAUGCAAGUCUGAUUUGUACAAGGCUUCAGAAUAUGAACAGUGACGACAGAUCAAUGGGCAGAAAACAGGAGGACAUGUAUAUGCGCCGUCAGACAACUCGAAUGAGAUUAUCUAAGUAUGCAGCAUACAAUACAUACCAUCACUGUGAACAGUGCCAUCAAUAUAUGGGCUUCAAUCCCAGGUAUCAGCUUUAUGAGUCCACCCUGCAUGCUUUUGCCUUUUCCUAUUCCAUGCUUGGAGAGGAGAUCCAGCUGCAUUUUAUCAUCCCCAAGUCAAAGGAGCACCAUUUUGUCUUUAGUCAACCAGGAAGACAGCUGGAAAGCAUGAGGUUACCGCUUGUCACAGAUAAGAGUCAGGAUUACAUAAAAAGCCCCACUUUUACUCCCACAACUGGGCGUCAUGAACAUGGACUUUUCAACCUGUAUCAUGCAAUGGAUGGUGCCAGCCAUUUGCAUGUUCUAGUUGUCAAGGAAUAUGAAAUGGCCGUAUAUAAAAAAUACUGGCCGAACCACAUCAUGCUAGUGCUGCCGAGUAUUUUCAACAGUGCUGGAGUAGGAGCUGCGCACUUUCUAAUAAAAGAACUGUCUUAUCAUAAUCUGGAACUAGAACGAAAUCGGCAAGAAGAACUGGGGAUUAAACCCCAGGAUAUCUGGCCAUUCAUUGUCAUUUCGGAUGAUUCCUGUGUUAUGUGGAAUGCAGUAGAAAUCGAUUGUUCAGGAGACAGAAAGAGUGAAUAUACAUGGACUGAAAGGAACGUUUCCUUGAAGCAAAUUCUGCAACACAUUGAAGCAACCCCUAAUGUCACUCACUACGCCUUGAUUGGGAUGAGGAAAUGGUCUAGUAAAACAAAUAGUGGUGAGAUCAGGGAACCAUUCUCCUGUUGUCAUGUACAUGACUUUGUCAUGCUGAAUGUGGAUCUGACUCAGAAUGUCCAAUAUAACCAGAACAGAUUUAUGUGCGAUGAUGUUGAUUUCAACCUGCGUGCCCACAGUGCCGGUCUUCUGAUCUGUCGGUUCAAUCGCUUCAGUAUCAUGAAGAAGCAAAUUGCAGUAGGAGGACAUAGGUCCUUCCAUAUUAAGUCUAAGGUACCUGAAACUCCAGUUUCAACAACACCUGCUCAGUAUAUCUGUGCUCCUGACAGCAAGCAUACCUUCCUGGCAGCACCUGCUCAACUGCUGCUUGAAAAAUAUCUCCAGUACCACAGCCAUCGCUUCUUUCCUCUUUCACUGAAGAAUUAUAGCCAUCCAGUGCUAUCUGUGGAUUGUUAUCUUAACUUAGGACCACAGAUUGCAGUUUGCUACGUAAGUUCCCGACCUCACUCUCUGAACAUCAGUUGCUCUGGUUUGAUGUUUAGUGGACUCCUGCUUUACCUCUGUGACUCCUUCGUUGUAGCUAGCUUUUUGAAAAAGUUUCAUUUCCUGAAAGGUGCCACCUUGUGUGUUAUUUGCCAAGACCGCAAUUCUCUUCGCCAGACUGUUGUCCGGCUAGAACUAGAAGAUGAAUGGCAGUUCCGACUGAGGGAUGAAUUCCAAACUGCCAACGCCAAAGAGGACAGACCACUUUUCUUUCUGACUGGACGACAUAUCUGAUAGAAAAUGAGCAGGCUUCCUUAACUGUCUAAUGAGAAGAGGUAGUACAAGAGGCUGAGUUCUCAGUGCUCCAAAAAAAAAAAAAGCCAUUUGAGAGGCUCUGUGCUCUGAAACAUUCAAGCAUAUGUUUCCUGAGGAGCCAUCAGCUGAGCAAUUUUGAAAUAUUUUUAUUAAAAUUAUAUUUAAUCAACUAAUGUGUGUUUUUAUCGCCAAGAAUUGGAAGUGACUCUUCUAAUUUAAUUACCCAGUAGAAGUAAUUCCUGAUACCUGGGAAAGAGGUACCAACUUAUUACUUCACAUGGUGGAAACAUUUCUGGAUAAGAAGAGAGAUCACAUUUCUGUCAAAACAGAAAACACACAAAAUGUUUCAAAAUUAAGAUGUUUAGAAACAGUUUUGUACAAUUAGGGAAUGUAAAUGUAGAGAAAUAGGGAAUGUACAUUUAGAAGUAGACUUCGUUCUUUUUAAGUCUUAUUUAUCUAGAAGUCAGCACAAGACAUCAGACCAAAUUUCGGAUUUUACAGGAAAUUUUACAUUCUGGUAAUAGAUUGCUACUGAUUGAUACAAAGAGGCUUUUUAUACCUAGAGGUAUAAAAUACAUUUUUUAUGUAAUGGGAACUGGUUGCAACCAUAACUAUGGUGUGAGUGUCACACUGAAUAAUUUUAUCAUACAGGAUUUGGGGGGGUGGCGGGGUAGGUGUAAUUAAGGUACCUGUGUUUGGUUGGUCAAGAAAGAGCACUUUGAAAGUAGACUUACAAAAGAAGGAGAUGUGAACAUUUAUUCCAGAACACUUGAGAAUCUGGGACAAAGUCUAAAAUAGCUGAAGAGGAUUAAGGGAAAGAUUAACAGCAACCAAACUUUGAGAUAAAUAAUUUUGAGCUAAAUGAACAGUUGCUUUUAGUUACAGAUGAAUUUGUUGCACUGGCUUAAGACUUCAACGCAGGCCACCAGGCAAUUCAGACAGGAGAUGUGUAUAGCACUGAAGUCCAAAUUCCAAAUACCCUCCUAGAAUGCUCUCUUGCUAAGGCACUUCAAAAAAGCUGGGCAGUCAGGUGGCAUCUUUGCUGAGUAUAUGUAGAAAUCUAAGAGGAUGUUUAGAAAAUGCAUCAUGCAGUUUAGUAUUUAGCACCCUGGACUGUUAAAAUGUAGAGUGCAUGCUGAAAACACCUGGUUAUAUUUAUAGACAUACUCCCCAAAGCUGCAAUCCCAGAACUUCAUGUUUAUCCUUAUGGAGUCAGUGGCUCUGAUCCUUGGCUUGGCCUAGAUACCCUAUGCCAAGUGUAGGCAUGAAAGGUGGCACAAAUGUCACCAGAAAACCCUUUAUAAUAUGUUAAUCCUCUCUUGACUGGCUACACCAACUAUAGGACCAUUUUGUGCUCGUGGAGUAGCAUUAAGUGGCUAUAACACAUUUGAGGUAUUGUAACUAAGACACUAAUAAUCUGUGCCAAAGAGCUGACUUAGAUUUAUUUUCAGGGAAUAAAAAUAAAUUAAGUGAUUGUGAGAGAUUUAGGAUAAUGUUUACACAAUUGUUUUGGUAGAAAGUGAUAUGCUUGUAUAUUUCAUUGUGCUUCUUUUGGAGUAAGAACUUUCUUUUUAGUUUUAUUUUAUUCUUUGUAAAUAGUAUUUCCUGUGCAAUUCCCUCCAUUCGAUUAGUUAACUUAAACUUUUUAAAGGGUUGUAAUAUUAAAGUCUUACUCAUCCUUUAUAAAUAAAAUAUGUAAUGC